AUGAAAAUCAAGGAGAAAUGGGGCCGGGGGGGUGGCGGCAGCCCACCCAGGGGCGGCAUUCCCGGCACCAGCGGUCCGGGCGGCCCUCCCCCACCCUCAGCAGCUGCCGCGGCUGGUGGCACGGCCCGGCGGGGCGGCACAACCAGUGGACAGGGCGGGCCAGGGCGGGGCCUCCCCUCUGUAUCAUCAGGAGGACAGGUGGGCGGCGAAGGUGGCCAGUAUGGUGGUCCUGGGGGCGGCGGGGGCGGCGGUGGUACCCUGGAAGACACCCUGGAGCAGUGGAGCCGCAACCCACUCUUGUGUUGGCUGUGUGAGGAGCUGUACGACAGCCUGCCUCCUGGCCUGCUACCACACCUUCCCCACUGCCUUAGACCCAGACUACACGACUCCAAGAUAGUGUGUCCGCUGUGUGGGAAGGUGACGGGGCUGAAGGAGGGACAGUUACCACCACGAGACAACCUGAUGGUGUUCCUGGUGGAGUCGUCGUGUGAGGAGAGGCCCCAAUGUGCCAACUGUGAUAAAACUAACCAGUCCGCCAUGUUCUUCUGUAAUACCUGUGGUCAGUGGCUGUAUCUAUGUCUCACUUACUGUUUUUUGUCUCUGUCUUUCAAUAUCUAUUCUGAAUCACCAUACUCAUAUAUUGAACAAACUCCUAUUGAACACGUGAUAUUGGUGCCGAAACAUGCAGUGAGUCUAAUGGCUUAA